AUGGCGCCUGCUGUUAUGACGACUAGAUAUUCACGAAUCGUUGCCAAUGAUAGUGUAACUGCUCAAAACGACAUUAUCACUGAUAAGGUUAGAUUGAAGCUAUAAACAUUUAAACAAAAAUAUUCCUGCUUUUCAGAAAUGGUGUCAAUCUUUCCCUCAAUCACUUGCCGAUGAAACGAGUUCUUCGAAAUUCAUGACUCGUGCAAUGUUCGUUGCGUUUUCUUGCGUAUUUCGUUAUCGCAAAAUUCUAGGAGACGAAUGUUUCAAGUCGAAUUAUAUCACAAAAUCGAUGAAAAUUCGAUCUCUGAAUUUUGAAAACCCACAAUCUUUGGCAAUAUCUCAACAUUUACGAGCUGCUGGUGAAGCAGUCAAAGAUGGAGUGCUUGAAGAAUUGGCUAUGGUUAUAACUAAAAAUAAAGGAGACGUCGAAGCACUUGAAGUUUUCUCGUGGAAAAUGCAUUAUGAUGAACACAACAAUCCAUCAGCCAAUCUUGUGUGAGUAUAUUUGAAAAAAUAUGUAUUUUCAAAAUCAAUGAUUUCAGAAUGAAUGGCUCAGACAAUUCGCCGAUAUAUCAACUCAGUACAAUCAAUUAUUCUGGUUCAAAAUCUGUACGUGAUCAAUUGGUUAUGUUGGUUCGUAGUUUGCAAGUCAUAUGUCAAAGAAUUCUUGCUCCGCUGCCAGAAAACUACUCUGUGAACUUCAGAUUAUCUUAUAUGGAUCGUAAGUUAUCUGGCAAAAACAAUUCGCAUGAUGCAACAUUUUUCAUAUAGAAGUGACAAAAAUGAAAAGCCCAGAUGUUAUUCUAACUAAAAAAUUUCUCGUUAUUUUUCAGACACCCGUCCUGAUUACAAAGUUCAAGGAUUCAAUGAGACAAAAACUUUCUACGAACUUCCUGAGGAUUGUCAAUCUGCUACUCUCGGUCAACUUCGUCCAGGACAUCAUGGUUGUGAUCUUUCAUGUUCAAGUGUUUUCAUGAAUGAUUCAUACGAAGCCGAAAUGACAUUAAAGAAAUAUACUGAUAAAUUGGCCGACACUUUGGGAUAUGAUGUUCCCAACACACUUUAUCAAUCAUUUUCAUCUGAUGCGAAUGCUUCAAAUGUUACACAAGAAAAAACACCUGAACCAGUAGCUCAAGCAAAAAAAUCAAAAGUUGCCACUCCAGAUGAAGAAUUGAUUGUGAGUAAAUUUGUUCACAAUUGAAUAUCGUUUUCUAUUUAAUACUUUUUCAGGAAAAAGUUGAAUCAGUUCAACUUGAAAAUUCUCCAAUCAAAAAAGCAGUCAACACACGUGGAAGACGUAAGCGCGGACAAGAAGAAGCAGCAGCAGCAACUCAACAAGUAGAAGAACAACCACCAAAAAUUGACAAGAAUAAAUAUGGCCGUGUUCGUUCAGUCUCCGUUGUUACUCCAGAAAAAAGAUCGAGAAGAAGAUAA